CUAGAUAUGGUGGAUACCUUCUUAUCAUGCAAGUACGACACGAGGUAAAAAGAUCGAAACGAUGGCGUAUAAUUUAAAGAAUGAGGAGGAAGUGAAAGAGUACUUGAAGAACCUUCACAUAGAAUAUCAAUUCGGUUGUUACAGCGAGAAAAAACCGGAGGUAUGCCAUUUGUUGGGCGAUUUUUACGAAGCGAUAAAGUUGGAUGCGGAGAAAGCUGCUUCUUUAUAUAAGACGACCUGCGAUCAAUAUAAUUAUGGUAGAAGCUGCGCGAAAUUCGGCGAUUUUAAUGUAAUCGGAAAAGGUUGCAAGAAGGACAUACUGACAGCAUACAAGUAUCUAUCAAAAAGCUGCGAGCUUAACGACGAAUAUGGGUGUCUACAUGCUGGUAUCUUGGGAACGUCCAAAUCCGACGUCGGAGAAAAGGACAGAGCCACCCAGAUUCAUGCAGGUGCCAAGUAUCUAAAGAAGGCCUGCGACAUGUACAACUCGGAGAAGGCCUGUUUCUAUCUAUCGGCAGGUUUAAAACGCCUUCCCUGCGACUCACUCAUCAACGAUACGACGGAUAUCAUCAUGCGAUUCUACUUCUUGAUUUUUCGCACCCGGCUGGCAGUCGCCGUCUUUGUCACGCUCGUCUCUCACAGCAUUCUGUCUAAUGCGCAAUCAGCCGAUAGUGAAUCGAACAAAAAUAUUGUCAACGUGGACGUUUACUAUGAAUCAUUAUGCAGUGAUAGUAAGCGAUGGAUCGUAUAUCAACUCGCGCCGUCAUAUCCGGAAUUGAAACAUCAUAUUCACGUUACAUUGGUUCCUUACGGUAAAGCUACGCACCAUCGCGAAAGCAAAACCGGUCCGUGGCAGUUCUCGUGUCAACAUGGGUCCAGCGAGUGCCGUGGGAAUAAGGCCCAUGCGUGUGCGAUUCACGCCAUACAGUCCUCCGAGGCAGCCGAGAACCACCAGUCAUUGAUGGUCAAUCUGGUCGUUUGUGCAAUGUCCGCUGGUACCCCGGCGACUGCUGUUCCACAGUGCGCUGAAGAUGUCGGUCUAAGCACAGAAACGCAAAAGUUGAUCAGCGAUUGCAUUUCGAGCCCGCUGGCAGACAAUUUGCUUGUGGCGAACGGCGACAAAACGGAUGCCCUGCAAUCACCUUUGAGAUUCGUGCCGACUAUAGUGAUCAACGGGCUCUACUCGAAGGAAAAUCAGGAUGAGGCGAUAAGAAACUUCACCAAUCUGAUCUGUCGGCAUUUGACGCCGAAGCCGAGCGUCUGCAGCAGCGAGAGUGCCGAGAAUUAAAAAGGGAUAGGGCCGAAUCAAGCGUUGAAGGUGUGGAGAUUAUAGAAUAAACACUUGCUCGAAAUAAAUGAAAUAUAUUUUGUUCACCUAUAAUAUACAUAAGUACCUAUACAAAAAUAUAUACGAAAAUAUAUACAAUAAUAUAUACGAUUUGUCAAGUACAACGAACUAAUGAGUAUAAAAUUGAUCGUAAAAAGAGAGAAACGAAACAAUGAGAUCGCAGCGGCAGGAUGAACGCGUCAGCGAUCGGCGAAUCAUCCACGCUUCCUUUUUCCCUAAGAAAAAACACGUACAUUAUAUAAAGAGCAACGUAAUUAAUUCUUUUUAAAAGAAAUCGAAGUAUUCUCGGGAUUAGCGAUUAAUUACGUAACCACGAACUAAAGUAACUGUGUUUGAACUAUUCGAAAACGCGAUUCUUAACCCUCCGAGCUAACGUUAGGAUCUGUAACACAAUUACUUUCAUAAGAAUCAUUUAAUUUAUAUUAAAAUCAAA